AUGCAAGAUCGAGCACAAUGCCAUGAUCGAAGCAAGACGUCAACGAUCGAUCGUGUCGACUUUCUAUCCUCAUGCAUUCGUGCUCCAAAUGAGACGAGCGCGCGACGGAGCACAGGUCCUUUCAUCCACUCUACCGUACAUUGCCACGCCUGUGACUUCACGUCGCCCGUUGCGUUUGUCAGUCCAACGAAUCCAGCGCGUGUCCGGCUUUCGGACAAUUGGUCUGGAACUCCCACGCGCGGUCCAUACAUAGGGGCAGACAGCCCAAACAGCGUCAAGCUCGCGGACGAACGACAGGUCGAACCCGGGACAACAAAGUAUCACGAGGGCGAUGUCACCGUGUGCAAUAGUAGAUCAAACGAGACCCCGCCCGGAGAUCGGAGUACCGUUCCACCUCUGUCUGUGUACGGUCAAGCACAGUACUCGAGAACGCAAUGCGAGAGACGUGCCGACGAUUGGAAUACGAUCGCAUUCGACCCGUCGUGCUACGUCCGACAAAGUGACAAAGAGACAGGCGACGAACGUAAGCGAGUGACACUUGAACGUGUGUACGACGGUAUUCGAAUUGACAGCGGCGCACAACAACAACAACAACAACAACAACAACGUCAAGAACUCACUCUUACGCCCUUUGACCGAGCUCAAGUCCUCUCCGAACUGUGUCAACCAACCGGUCGCUACCUGCCAACCCGAUCGGCGAUUGUCUCCGCUCAAAUCUCUCGCCUCGUGCUCCCCGGCCCAGGUUGUCAGCCUGGAGCGAAUAGUUCAAUUAUGAUGCACGCCACGUGCGUCGUCACGGACGUGUCCACAGACGUCCUGCCUCGCUACACGUUACGCAAAAAGUUGUCAUCUACUUUAUAUGGCGAGACGGCCUUGUACCAGGACGAGGCACUGGAGAAUCAGCUCGUUGUGCUCAAGCGCGUGGGCGUUUCUCUAUUGCAACAGCCGAGUCAGGAACGAGUCGUGCGGGACAACCCGCUGAGCGAGCGGCUGGUCGUGCAGCUCCUUGAGAACCCCGUGACAAAACGUGCCCCUGGUCGUGAAUUCGUGGUCGAGUAUACUCGCGAGGGCUUCUUCGCGUCCGGGGACAGUGUCUUUAUUGCAAUGGAGUUCUGUAGUGACGGCGAUCUGUACGAGUACGUGACAGCUAAACCUGAUCGUCGCGUAACGGAGACGGUCGCCCUCGAUCUCUUCUCGCAAGUCGCCCGAGGACUGGCGUUUCUCCACGCACAUGGCGUGGCCCAUCGGGACUUGUCGCUCGAGAACGUGCUGCUGAAAGACGGUCACGUGAAGAUCUGUGACUUUGGACUGAGCACAGACGCGAAUAAACUGUCGGCAGAUGUCGUGGGCAAGUACUACUACAUGGCUCCAGAAGUGACACAAGGAGGGGCGUACGACCCGAAGAAAGCUGAUAUCUGGUCACUUGGCGUGCUUCUGUUCAUCCUCUUGACCGGGUCCCCGCUCUUUGCUGACGACCGACGCUGUGCGCCAACAUUGCGCGUGCUCCAGAAGUACGGCGUGGCCAAAAUCCUCGAGCUUUGGGGCUUUCAGAAGCUCAUUUCAAGACCAGCUGUCAAUUUGCUGUCGUGUAUGCUGCAGCUCCAGCCCCAACGUCGACUGAGUGCUGACCAAGUGGCUCGUCACAUGGCAUUGUGUCACGUCAGUGGAUCGAAAGUAGCUGCUCCGUCUGCUUAG